AAGAAAUGUUUGAAAUAUAAAUGAACUUCUAAAUAUUUAAGUAUCUCUUGCAUAUUUUAUAACAUUACGUUAUAAGAAUAUGUGUUCCAAUGUAAAGAUUAUAAUCUUCCUUUUUAUAAUUCUUUGUUAAACGACAUUUUUAUUUAAGUAUCUCUGAGUGAAACCAACAAAACUCAUCAAUCGAACUGAACAUUUACUAUGGAAAAUAAAAAAGCUGUAUUGUCUAAAAUAUUGCAAGGUUUCAUUUGGUUUUGGAAAGUGCUUAAACGAUAUUUAAGCAAUUGCACUAUCCAUGGCGUUAAAUAUCUUGUUUCUGAAAAUUGUUUAUAUUUAGAACGAUUAUUUUGGCUUCUAUUUUGUGUACUGAGCUGGUGGGGUUGUGCCGAAGUAAUUAUGAACAGUGUCUCGGAAUAUAAUGAAUAUCCUGUUGACGUUACCUCAGAUACAUUAUACGUUAAUUGGGAAACUCCAUUUCCUUCAAUUGCAGUUUGCAUUAAAUCUUCCAAUGAAUUAAAAAUCAGCUACAAGUUUAAACAACAACCAUCGACAUUGGAAUUUUCAUCUAAAGAAAAACAGGGUGUUACUGCCGAUGAAUUAUUGAAAGCUUAUCAAUCAGUGCAAAUACCAUGUAGAGAAAUAUUUGCUAAUUGCAUUUGGAAUAACGUAAAAUUUGAUUGUUGCAAGGAAUUCAAGGCAUUAAACAAGACCGGCAUUGGUUAUUGUUAUGCAGUUAAUUCCAAACAUUUCAAACCAUAUGACAAUUCAAAUAUUAAAUUUUGGAUUAAUGGUACUACCGAGAGUGGAAAUUUUGUGAUCGAUCUUAUAGCAAAUCAAAAGACAAUAGCUUAUAUUCCUCGGUAUAUUAAUGUAUACAUAUUGGAUAACUUGCAAUUACCGAUAUCUGGUACUUUGGCUGAAUACAUAAUUACAAACAUGAGAAAAGGCAGUUCCACUCGAAUUGAAUUUGCAAUGGUGCCUACACAUAAUGAGAAACAAGUACAAUCUUCUUUAAUACAACAAAGAAAUUGUCGAUUUAGUCAUGAGAUUGAUAAGGACAGUAUGUACGAAAUUUAUAGCACUGAUUCUUGUGCUAUAGAGGUAUAUAUACAAAAAAUGAUUAAGUAUUGCGGUUGCGUAAGUUUUUAUUAUCCUGUUCCUGCUGGUGCAAGAACAUGUAAUUUAACUGAAUUACUAUGUUUAUCAGAAAAUAAAAAGGAUAUUCUAUUGGUUACAAAUGUAAAUAAAAAAUGUUAUCCUCUCUGCGAAGGAACUACAACAAAUGUAUAUCAUAGCAACCCCAUAGAGUACAGUGAUGUAGAUGACGAUAUAAUAAGAAUAGAUCUCAUAUCAUUGUCUCGUCCAUUAGUACAAUAUCGUCGAUUCAUUGUACGCAGUCUUUUAGAUUUGAUAGUUGCAGUAGGAAGUGCUUUAGGAUUAUUUAUGGGUGCCAGUAUUCUCAGUUUCUUCGAGAUACCUUAUUGGUUUUUUCUUCGUCAUGAUGAAAUCGCAUGAAUGAUAAAACCUAAUCAACUCUAUUGAUUUCUUGAUAUAGGCACAUUAUUAGGUUUGUUUAUUUAAAAAAUAAACUAAUAUUAUAAAACACUAUAUAGUAAUUUAGUCAUAAUUCUUAGUAAUAAUCUGAUGAUAUAAUAAAGAUCAA